AUUCAUGUCGGUGCGGGAGUGAUAAUGGAUCUCUGCUCUCUCAGGUAGACGAUACGAAACAAACCAGGAAGUGUUUACAGGAACGCAGUUCGUGCCUUAUAUUAGUUUUAAACAUGACCGGUGAAGUCCGAUAUUGCGAGAAGUGCUCGUACUUCUUCCUCAAGUUCUCGUUAAUCGGAUAUGCAACAAUUUUCUGGUUGAUCGGGGGCUUUAUAUUGGCCAUCGGUAUUUAUGCCGAGGUGGAGAGGCAACGAUACAAAACAUUGGAAGGAGUGUUUCUGGCUCCUGCCAUCAUCCUCAUUGUGCUUGGUAUCAUCAUGUUUAUUGUUUCCUUCAUCGGGGUUCUGGCAUCUCUCAGAGACAACUUGUGCCUUCUCAAAGUGUUUCUUUACAUGCUGGCUCUCUGUCUCGUUUUGGAGCUCGUCGGUGGGAUCGUUGCUCUGAUUUUUAAGAACCAGACAGUGGACAUUCUCAACAAAAACAUCCGUAAAGGCAUGGUGAAUUACUAUGAUGACCUUGAUUUCAAAAACAUCAUGGACUUUGUUCAGAAAACGUUCAAAUGUUGUGGAGGAACCGAGUACCAGGACUGGGAGGUUAACAUGUAUCAUAACUGCUCUGCUCCUGGUCCACUGGCCUGUGCAGCUCCUUACACCUGCUGUAUCGUCACGCCUGGAGAAGUUGUUAAUACGAUGUGCGGAUACAAGACCCUGAAUAAGGAGAGAAAUGAAAAUACAAACGUUAUCUACAUUCGUGGCUGUACCGACGCCGUCUUCAUUUGGUUAAUAGACAACUACAAAACAAUGGCUGGACUUCUUCUAGGCAUCUUUCUUCCGCAGUUCUUCGGCGUGAUCUUCACCUGGCUUUAUAUUACUCGCGUGGAAGAUGCCAUCGAGGAGUAUGGAUACUAUAUGGAUGGUCUGCUGCAGUCUGAUAGCGUUCAACCGGAAACAAAACGCCAAAGCAAGCUGGCCAAAUGCUGCAAAUGCAUGCCUUUGAUGGACUAAGUACAAUCUCUUUAAAAAAAAAAAAAAAAA